CACACCGACUCGAUCAUUUCCAGGCCGGGUAGAACCCCAGCAACACCGCUGAAAUCGGUUCAACCUUAUGAAGAUUGGGCUUUUUUCAAUCUCUAUCCAUCCUCUGAGUAGACAACGUUUUGUGGAAAUAUAUCACUGUAGCUGAUCAGAAGAUACACCAAGUCGUUGAGUUGAAUCAGAAGGCACUGGGAAGAGGCGCAAACAAAAAUUUCCAUACUAGAUGACAUUACAUCGCAAUGUCCGAUCGUUUGGGGCAAAUAACCAAGUCCAAGGAUGGGAAAAGCAAGUACUCCUCACUUAGCCUAUUUGACAAGUACAAGGGAAAAUCAAUAGAAAAUCAGAAAAACGCAGUAGUUCCGCGACAUGGCUUGCAGAGUCUUGGCAAAGUGGCCGCAGCCCGGCGCAUGCCCCCGCCUGCUCACCUGCCGAGCUUGAAGUCCGAAAACAAAGGAAACGAUCCCAACGUGAUUAUUGUGCCAAAAGACGGUACAGGAUGGGCGAACAAGCAGGAACAACCCGAUCAAAAGAGUUCUAUUGCAUCAAUACCACAGCUGCCGGAGUUGCAGCCACAGCUGGCUUCACAGAAAUCUGUCUCCAAUCUUCAGAAGCCCUCACCGGUAGCCAACCAGGAGAACACAAACACAGGUGGGCCAAAGCAAUGGGCCCAGCUAAACGGAAAGGCAGUAGAGCAAGAUGGUUUAAGGGCCUUAAACAGACUUCAGCCCUUCUCUCACGAGGAAUUUCCCACGCUGAAGGCAGCUGGAGAACAGGACAGGGCUGGCAAGGAAAGAAGCGGCUUCGAUCCGUCGUAUGGGCCCGGACCAAGCCUCCGCCCCCAGAAUGUGACGAGUUGGAGGGAAGGUGGUGGCAGGAACCUUCAGCCCUCAUCCCUGACCCUCGGCUCGCCGGCGGAUCCCGAGGGUAAGCUCCCUGCCCUGGGUGAGAACGGCAGCCCACCCGCCUCAUCUCACCCCCCUUCUGCCACCGGCACGACCUCAUCCAGUGUAGUGACGGCUCAGUCCCCAGUCCUUGACCCGAAGGAGCUCUCGCUGCGACCCGCCCAGCCGGUCCGCAGAACAACCGUCCCUACUGCUCUGCAAUAUCAGCUUCAUCACACUUCAAAUGCCGUCUACCACGACAUGUUGCCUGCAUUUAUGUGCUCUAAAGACACACGUGAAGCCCCAGGUACCGACCACGUUCCUGCUACUGUAGCAGCUCCAGCCAGAUUUGACAGCAAACCUACAUUUAAACAGACAUACGCCAAACCUGAACUUGUCAAUGGAGACGUGAGAAGAGAGAACCGCUUUGUUCGUGCUUCAACUCGACCCUCUUCUCAGCCCAUCCGAAGACCUGGUGAAAGACCGCAACGUCCAGCCAUCAUUAAUCCCGAGGACCUGAAGGACCUGGAUGAGCUUGACCACGACUGUGAGGAUGGGUGGGCAGGACUACAUGAGGAAGUUGACUACGGUGAGAAGCUUCAGUUCAGCGAUGACGAAGACGACCACUCCGGUGAUAAAAAAAGGCAAUGGACUGAAUGGGAGAGGGAGAACCUGAUUUCAGCUGAGGUGCCUUACCCCCAGGAGGGCACGGAGGAGAGCUACUCCUACCAACCUUACCAUCAUGAGCAGCCCAGGAAGACCAACAGCAGAUAUCUCUCUACGGACACCCCGGCCCUGCAAACAAACCAAGGAGAGCCACUGGCUGACCAGGAAGAGCGCCAGUCUCAGGCCCCAGCGAGGGCAAAGUAUGUGUCACCCGAGCUGCUGGAGGCCGUUGAGAGAGCUCGCAGGCGCCGGGAGGAGGAGGAGAGGCGCGCCCGCGAGGAACGCCUGGCGGCCUGUGCUGAAAAACUCAAAAAGCUGGAUGAGAAGUUUGGGAAGAUUGAAAGGCAGACAUCGAGAACAGAGGAGGGCCAAAAAGAGGGAGAGAACAAAGAAGUUCCACUUUCCCCAGACAGGGAACAGAUUAAAGGCCACAAUGAGAACUGGCAGUACAGCAUCAAAGAUGGAAGCGAGUGUCCCCAAGACACCUCUCCCGGCCACAGUUACCGCGAUGAACCCGCUUUCUCUAACUACCGUGUCAUUGAGGAUGAUUGCCCGGAGCCCUCAUCCCCCUCCGGAGACUACAGCGGACGUCAUCCCUCCAAACCUGUCCCACCCCGCUUUCAAAAGCAACUGCAGCCUCAACAGCAGCAGCAGCCGCCCCAGCCGCCGCCCCAGCCGCCGCCGCCGCAGCAGCAGCAGCAGCAGCAGCAGCAGCAGCAGCAGCAGCAGCAGCAGGAACAAGUAUACAAAAUGCAGCACUGGCAGCAGUCUGCUCACCCGGCCACAUCCGGCUCAAGCCACAGCCAGCGAGGCUACUAUCCCCCACAUGUUCUCGGGUUCGACCCCCGCUGGAUGAUGAUGCCUCCUUUCAUGGAUCCCCGUAUGACCCAAGGACGCUCUCCUGUGGACUACUACUCCGGGGCUGUCCACUCUUCAGCAGGAAUGAUGAAACCCAUGAUCCAUCAAGACCACCUGAACAGCCCUGGUUCCGAUGAGGGAUGCCACUCAAACCUGCUCCAGGAGAGGAGAGCACCUUCCACCGAGCCUUACCCUAUUUGGAACCAAGAUGGCUACCCCCUGCGCAGCUUCACUCCACCUUACCAGAGACCGCACGAAAGCUUGGACAGUGGGCAGCUAGAUGACAGAAGUGAUAAGGGCGGCCCCCAACACGACUCCUAUGAAGAGAGGGCCAGUGAGUGCUUAACCCACCCCCGCGAUGACAUCCCCCAUCAUGUUUACCAGAGCCGCGGCCCCGACAGAGAACACCAACACCACGACCAAGGCCUGCUGUCCACUGCUCAGAACCACUCCUUCAAUCAAGCCGAUAGUGAUUACCCGAAACAAGACACCCGGGUCAAGCAUCAGAAAGACGGCGGUGAGUCUCACGACGAGACCGGAGAGGCCUCAAAGGACAAUUGGAAAAGAGAUGGAGGCCAGAAACAAGAUGGCGGACUGAAUGUCCAAAGCCAGUGGGCCGAGCCCAGUUCCAGUUCCAGCGGUAGUGUCAGCCAGCCAUCUGAGAGCAGUGGGCGCACCUUGACUCGCAGAACGGGACCCAUCAAGAAGCCAGUACUCAAGGCCCUUAAGGUCGAAGACAAAGAAAACGAGAAGCCGAAACCCGAGCCAGAGGAGAAGCCCGUCCCUUACCGCUUGGAGAAAGAAGUCCUUACCAACGUCUACGACUUGAAGAAAGAUAACCAGCCUGCCAGCAACAGGCGCUCCGUGUCACCCGUUAUUGACAAACAUCCCGAAGAGAGGCAGCGUCAGUCGCCAGGUCCCACCAAGAUGGACCCUCGGCCCCUGAGCACCCACAGUGAUGACGCUCCCAAAGAGAGCCCAUGGGACAGCGGCCAGAACCAGUCGCCUAGAGAGAGCCAAGAAAUCCGGGAGCCCCAGGCGCCGCGGCGCAAUAACUGGAUCUUCAUCGAUGAAGAGCAGGCCUUUGGCGCGGUCAGGGGAACGGGGAGAGGCCGCAGUCGGGGUUUUAGGGAAUUCAGCUCGAGAGGCGGCCCCCGCGGAGGCCGAGUUGGAGACAACCUCCGGGGGGCUUACACUAACAACAACCCCAACAACAACAGCAGCGGGACGCAGCGGACCGGCAGGGGCCGAGCAACCAGGGACCUCGUCGCGGUGGAGGAGUUCCAGAGAGGCAAGCCCCGUAGGCGCAAUGUCAGUGAGACCUUAAGCGAAGCCUCCGAGUACGAGGAGCUGCCCAAGAGGCGCCGUGAGAAGGGGUCUGAGAAUGGCGACGGUUACGCCGAGUCCGCAGAAGUCCGCAAGGCUGAUAGAGACUCAUGGAGAUCCAACAAGGUGUACGCAGACGAACAGGCGGCCCAGGACUCCAGAGAAAAGGCCAAGGCUGGCAGGGGUUUCGGAGGUCGUGUGCUGCCUCCCAGGCUGAACACCACUGGAAGCUACAGUCGCGGCUUUGGAGGACCCAGGGACAUUUCUACAUGGAGGGGCCGCGGGCCCCAGUUCACUGGGGCAGGUGGCUCCAUGCAAGAAAAUGGUUACUGUCCUGGCGGGGAGCCUACUUACUCCCGCCAACCCCCGGUCGAGCGCGAGGCUCUCAAGUACCCGCCCAAAUUCCCCGGCUCCUUCACGGAAAAUGGCACAGAGGCCGGCGAGGGAGAGUUCUACUUUGACAACGAUAACCCCGACAGGCAGCUGAUACGGAGGCGCCGUCCGCCCCGUCAGGACAAGCCGCCGCGCUUCCGUCGUCUCCAACAAGACCGCGAGCCGGGCUACAACCAGUGGACGAGCGAGGAGUACGUAAACGGGGACUUUGCUAACCCCUGGCCUGGCCGCCCCAAAGGCAGCGGGGAGGACAACUGGCCCACCGGACACUACUCCGGCCUGCGGCCCGCCCAGCAUGGUCAGCCGGAGGAGUGGGAGACCGGAUCCGAGAACAGCGACUUUGACUGGCGAGAGAAGCGAGGCGGCGGUGUGGCCGGCGGCCCGAGUCACGGUGACAUUCCCUCGGAGUCUGGCCAUAGUGAGCCCGGCUCCGGCGAGAAGAGGGAACUGUGCAAGAGAAGCUUCUCCAGCCAGAGGCCUCUGGUGGAACGGCAGAACAGGAAAGAGCCGUCACUGCUGGAAGUGAGCAAGAUGGCCCGUACGCCCGACAACGGCUCCUCCUCCUCCAACAGGAGUGACAGUUGGCAGAACGGAGGGACUUCUUGUAAAAGCAGAAGCACAGAUGAGUCCGGCGCGGUCUACAGCAUAGAGCAGCCAGAGAACCGGGAGCCCAAUGAACUCUCUGGCAAGAAAUUAGAUAUGGAACUGAAGCAAGGAUCUACCAAGACGGAAAUAACAGAACCUCUUUCCCAGUAUGAGCUCAGCAGCUAUCCGAUCGAGGGGGACUCGGGACCAGUUUCAAAUCCAGAUGGAUACCAGGAUGCCUUGGUCAAGAAGCAAAGACGCCCACAGGAGGACGACAGGAGGAGGAAGGAGCAGGGGUCUGCUGUUCCGCUGAAGAACAGGACGAUCGCAUCCAAGAUUCCGCCACGAUUUGCAAAAAAGCAGGGAAGCAUGAGCAUUGAGCAACCGGAGGAAGGGCUGUCUUCCAACAACCUGGGAACUGAAAUCUGGGAGACCAACAGCUCAGCUCUAUCAGUGCAGUCUUCAGGCGGGGACUCGUGGACUAAACAGGUGUCGUACACUGGGAGCGAGCCCAACUCUGAGGACUCUGAUGCUGGACUCGAGCAGACCAAGGAGCAGCACAAGCCGGGGCCCAUUGGAAACGAACGCUCCCUGAAGCACCGCAAGGGGCCCGAGAGAGUCGAUCGCCUGGAAGGUGACCCGAUAGCGCCGGUCAACGGCGUGGACCUCCACGUGGACACGGUGCUGCCGGGGCCUCCCAUCGAGUUCGGGGUCAGUGCCAAAGACUCUGAUUUCAGCCUCCCGCCGGGUUCCGCCCCGGUCGCUGUGUCCAAUCCUGUCAACAAGCUUCAGGAAGCACUUUCUACCAAUACUGCUCUCAAUCAGAGUAUCACCAUGCUGCGUUCCACCCACCUGCAGCCCGGCAUCAACCUCAACCCCAUCUCCUUCCCCAGUGCUGACCUCACGCUCAAGAUGGAGUCGGCGCGCAAAGCGUGGGAAAACUCUCAGUCCCUGCCUGAGCAGGGCUCCCCUGGCGGAAUUUCUUCCGGAGCUCAGCCUGCCUGCAGCGUUGGCUCCUCCAGUGGUGUUAGCUACAGUUCCUUUGGGGGGGUUUCCAUGCCUCCGAUGCCUGUUGCGUCAGUAGCGCCCUCCAUGUCCAUGCAAGGUAAUCAUAUUCCCCCGUUGUAUCUGGAUGGCCACGUUUUUCCUAGCCAGCCGCGCCUUGUACCCCCCAACAUGACCCAGCAACAGACCUACCAACAGGCGGCUGCAGCCCAGCAGAUUCCCAUCUCGUUGCACACGUCUCUUCAGGCUCAGGCUCAGUUGGGGCUUCGUGGAGGUCUACCCGUGUCUCAGUCCCAAGAGAUGUUCAACUCUAUUCCCCCCUUCAGAUCCCAGGUGUACAUGCACCCCAACCUGUCACAGCCCAGCCCCAUGGUGCUGUCAGGUGGAGCGCCUCUCAAGGGGCCCUACUCUGCUUUCCCCGGCAUGCAGCCCUCCGACAUGGUCAAGUCACAGUCGGGCUCACACUAUCAGCCUAUGAAUGGUAGCCAGCAGCUGGUCUACGACAGCCAGAUGAACCAGGGGCCCGGUAUGGGUUCCUCCCAGCUAAUGGACUCUCAGCUCAUCCAGGUGACCAUGCCCCUACCCGGCUCUCAGCUGCGCUAUGGCUCUGCUCAGCAGCACCUCAUCCUCCCGCAGUCGAUCCAGCUGCAGCAGGGACAGAACCUGUCAGUUGGGGGCCCACGCCGGAUGAUGCCACCCGGGUCCCAGCCUGGGGUCAUGACCGGCGGCCGAGAGGGCUCACAGAUGGAAAUGAAAGGCUUUCAGUUUUCUGACAAGCCCAAUCAUUCCCCAGGAAUGUCCGGAGGGUCCUACAGGCCUGGUUCGGCCAGCCCCAGUGGGAAGCCCUCUGGUCCUGGGGGCCAAAUGACACAUUUUCAGCAGGUGAUGCACAUGCGCCCUCCCCCCAAUGGCCCUUUCCCUAAUCCCAUUCAGAGACCAGUCAUGCAGGUCAACAAGCCUGUCAUCAUCCGCCCCCCCCCUUACCCCAAUCCUGGCCGUGACCUUUCCCACUCCACCCCUCCCUCGGUGCCCGAUCCCUCUAAAGGGCCAGAGGAUGGCAUGAAGAAUAAAACCAUGCGAGAAGUACGCAAGGCAGUGGGGGAGGCCAAGAUAACAUCCGGGGCCAUGACCAGCAAAUUCCAGGAGCCCCCGCCCUCCACAGGGCACGCCAAACCAGCGCGCUCUGGAGCCAUCAAACCCCACGCUGUCAAAGUAGAGAAGGGCAAGGCAUAACAAUGGACCUUUGGAGAUCCUCACCACCCCUCCGCCCGCCAACACAAGCCCCCCGUCCAACGCGUGAGCCUUCCAACACCCGUCCCGAGGCUGCGUGGAAAAGGGGGCUCGCGUGCAGGCGUCAUAAUGAAAUAACCCCCGUUGAACUAUCCGAACCGGACACUAUUAUUUCACAUCACGUAUAGAGAUAUAUAAAUAUAUAUAUAAAUAUAUACAUAGACACACGCAGUCUUUUAAACAGAUCUCUUCAAGGUCCUCUUUAAUUUAUUAUUAGUCACUUUUAAGAGAUUGGUAAAGAGAAAAGAUAUUGUUUUUUUUGUGUGUGUGUGUGUUUCCCGAGGUGGAGAAAGAAAAAUGGCCAACUCAGACAGAUGGUUCAUUUUUCAUAACAUUUUGCCAAACUGUAUUUACUCUUUAUGGACUGUAGCUGAUGACACCACGCAGACUCUUGAUACAUCUAUGACAAGCAAAGUCUGUUAACAUUUUUUUUUCUUCUUUUUUUUUAAAUGAAAUUCUAAAUGCAGUGGGGAACUUUUUGUCAUUUUUCAUUGACGUUUUUGCUGGUAAUUAAAAAGCCCGGAAAAAAAAUAUCCCCCAAUUUGUGGACAUCCUUGCAUGUCAACAUGUUAAAGGUCAAGUGCAUCGCCCUAGAAAUAAAUCCCCCGGGGUGCUCGACCCCAAACCUCCGGUCACGUUCUUUCACCUUUUCUUUGUUUAGUUGUUCUUUUGCUCGCUCUCUUCUGUAUGUAAAUUUAAAACUAAAAGUUGGGACAUUUUUACCAAAAUCAUGUUGCUUCCACGAAACUUCACCGGCCUUGGCGCGGCGUGUGCAUGUGACGUGCUGAACGUGUGUAGACAUGCGGGACACCUUUUUAGAUCCGAGCGCCAUCUCACAAAGACUGUACCUGAACUCGGCAUUCGAAGCGCUGCCAUCGGCUGUGGAUGCUUUUGCUCAACCGAGCUGGCAGCAACAUUUCCUGGGCUCAUUGUGAAGUUUUUGUGUGGGGGGGUCAGGGGGGCAUUGGCAAUUGCUGUAAAGGUGACCUCCCCCCACACACACACACACACACACUCCCUCUCCCCAAAAUAGCUUGAUUGAAAUGUUUGCUUUCUUAUUGCUGUGUUUUGGGUUGUAACAAAUCAAAUCUGUUAAUGAACAUUCGAUGUACGUGAUGAUUUUUACAUCCCUCAGUCUGGGACGUUUUAGCUUUGGGCUUUAAAGGCCCAUAAGUCUUUUUCUCUAAUUCCGUUAUAAUCCCAUUUAACGGCACUCUGGAGACCUUCGAAGGAACCGAUUCGUCACCACCUGGUUAGUCAGCAUCUGGUCUCUGAGUUGGCACUAGCAAUAAAUGCAGUCUAACUAUUAUCCCAGUCAGGGUCCAAUUAACUUCUUUUUUUUUUGUUAGAAGCUAAUGGAUCGCAGAGGAGGUGUUUAGCAUUGCUUGUUGAGUGAAUUGUUUUGCUUCAGCUUUGUUUUGUGAGCUGUGCCGUUCCAGAGGACUACGAAGGACUUUUAAAGUGUUUAAAAUGUGAAGCUGUUGGAAUCAUCAUUCAAUUUUUUUUAUUUUUUUUUGAAACUCAAAAUGUCAAAACUGGUUAAAUGUCAACAACAGCACUGCUUACCAUAACGCUCCACGACACUACAAAUGUUGCGAAUUAUCUUUGACAAGUUUUACUGUACAGUCGAGCCUCGUCAGCGAGGGGAGGCUCAGACCCACGUUUCAUCUUUACAUACUGUGGCACUAUAAAGGAUUUAACAUUGAAACUUUUUUUUUUUUUGCUUCUCAUCCCUCACCGCAAAAGAUCCUGAUGCUUCUCAUCACCGUUCGUGCACCGAAACAUCGCCCUGACUCUUUUGUUUUGUACUUCUAAGAUGCAUAUUUCAUUUUGUUAAAGGACCAGCGCUUUCUAUAGCUGAUCCAGCGUUCUAUUUAUCCUACUUGAUCUUUAUCCUUUCAGAUAUUUGGUCAUUACUCGCCCUUGUUUAAAAAAGAAAAAAAAAGAGCUUAUUGAAAGAAAAGAAAUAAAGCAGUUGUGAUUUCUUAAAUGUACUGUGGAUUCUGUAUUCUCACUUUGUCAUAUUAAAACCAUGCAUCAAA